AUGCCACCGCGACCUUGCAAGCAAUUAGACUCGAAAAGGAUCGAGGAUUCACUUCGAGCAGACAUUUUGCCAUUGGUAAGUUUAUUGAGCAAACUUAAUUCAUUGUAGUGGCCCUGUGGUCAAUAAUAGCAUGUUAUGCAGCUGAAUUCACGGCAAUUCAUGCAGUCAAUUUAUUCAAUUCGUCUAGAUCACCGAACAGUUGGAAGCGAUAGCAUGCCGUGCUGUUUGGAGAGUUCGGGAAACAGACAUUGACAUCGCAAGAAAUCAUAUCGCUUCAAAGCGACUUCGCCUUGACCAAGUGAUUUCUUUAAAGAACGGCGUUCUAUUCUUUUUUCCUGCGUUACAAGUGUCAUGUGUACUACUUUUCAAGACAAUCUCAAGUUCACCAGUCAUGUGCGAGGUAAAUUGGUCAAAGCAAACAAAUGCUUGUACGUUAUACGAACACUCAGGGCAGAAGACUAUAGCCAAUGUGAGAUAGAUUAUCUAUUUAAGACCCUAGUAAUAUUUACUAUAACGUUUGGCCUGUCCGUCUACGGUUCUUCUCCAGCCGAACUCAAUACUCUACAACGUUUUUUUGACAGAUGUUUUAAGCGAAAGUAUAUAUCAGAACCUGUAAAUAUUAGAUAUCUUUUAGAAAUACAAAACAGAAAUAUUUUUAAAGCUUCUGUAAAUCAGAAGAGUGCCAUAGUUGACUUGAUACCAAGAAAAAAAUCCACAAGCUACUCUUUGAGGACAGAGUUUAGUCAGUAUCCAAGAAUGAACACGGAACGUUUUAAAUUGUCGUUUGCAAAUAGAUUAAUUUUUAACUAUAACCUAUUCAUAUGAUGUAAACUUUACUAACGUAUUCUUAAUAUUUACUUGUAACAAAAGAUAUGUAUUUUUAUCUUUUGAUCUAAUAAAAAGACUUUUGAAUUGAAUUGAAUUGAACGAAACAAGUUACACGCCUGAAUGCUACUCAGCGAUUGCCUACUUCGUCGUAUACAAGGAAUGCGCAACUUGCAACGAGAAGAUCUUGUUUUCCACCACUCACGACGAAGAAUUAGAUGCAGAGGUAACGCGAAUUCGAGUGCGAAAAUCAUCCGAUAGCAAUAAUGAAAUGGAAAAAGCUGCAAAACAGUUAUUCCAAGUGGUCAAGGAUCACAGCAACAAUACCAUCCAGGAGAUGCUCCAAAUAUCAAACGCGUAUUGCUACAAGAAUUCCGAGGGAACGCCGUCAGAUGAUGAUGAAGAGGAUUAUGAACCCAAGUUUGUUUCAAAUCAUUUCCCCAAUGUCCCCUGCUGUAUAAUCGUCGUAAACGAAAGCGAGUUUGGGGAUCGUGUGGCUACAGCAGUUACAAAGCUGGAAUCAGACGGACUUGUUGUUGAUCUCGGUAACGCAUGCGUUGUAAAGUUGGACAAUCCACCGUUCUCAUCCAACAACGAUGUCGCCGCCUUGAUAAACAACAUCGAUAAAUGCAUGAAGUUAUACGACCACGCCUUAUAUCGUUCAGAAAUUUACACCAAACCAGAGGGGUCAAAUUUAACGUUUGUAAAAAUGAUGGAUGUAACUAGUUACUUGCAUAAACUUCUGGCUAACGAAGUGUUGCGUGACAAGCUGAUUCAGCAUUUUCAAGCGGUCGAUAGACUUCUGUCUCAUCCAGCAUGCGCAAUAAUUCAGUAG